CCCACCAGGUGAGCCGACGCAUCCCGCAUUCAAAGAGCAGGCUGCUGGGAUCAGCUGGAGCUGCGGCGGAUGGCGGCGGCGGCGGCGGCGGCGACUCAUCUCCUCCUCCUGCCUGACCCACAACUAUAAAACUACUGCCCCACUUCCACUCGGCGACCUGACGCUCGGCGCUGGAGAGAGACGACGGGAACGCAGAAGCAUCAGGUUACUGCUGGGGUGUGUGCGUUUCCCUACCGCAGCCGGUGAUGGCCGACCAGGCGCCGCCGCGUCAGACCGACGCGCUGCUGUGCAAGCUGUCGCCGCCGGGCCUUCCCAACGGGAAAGAGGCCGCCGAGGACGAGCUGCUGGCCCGGGGGCAGUGGGCCAGCAAGGCCGAGUUCCUGCUGGCCGUGGCGGGCCAGAUCAUCGGCCUGGGCAACGUCUGGAGGUUCCCUUACCUCUGCUACAAGAACGGAGGAGGUGUGUUCUUCAUCCCCUACCUGCUGUUCCUGGUGCUGUGCGGCAUCCCGCUCUUCCUCCUGGAGACCUCGCUGGGGCAGUACACCAGCCUGGGGGGCGUCAGCGCCUGGAGGACCAUCUGCCCGCUGUUUGGAGGCCUGGGCUACGCCAGCCAGGUGAUGAUCCUGCACGGCUGCGUCUACUACAUCGUCAUCCUGGCGUGGGCGCUCUUCUACCUGUCCUACAGCUUCCAGGCCGAGCUGCCCUGGUCGCACUGCAACAACACCUGGAACACCGCGGCGUGCGUCCUGUUCGAGCACCACAACCAGACGGCCAACGCCAGCAGCCUGCCGGUCAACGCCACGUCCCCCGUCAUGGAGUUCUGGGAGCGGGAGGUGCUGCGUCUGUCCGCCUCGCUGGACGAGCUGGGCCCCAUCAACUGGAAGCUGGCGCUGUGCCUCGCCGCCGUCUGGCUCGUCUGCUACUUCUGCGUGUGGAAGGGGGUCAAAUCCACCGGCAAGGUGGUGUACCUGACGGCCACCUUCCCCUACGUCAUGCUGCUGGUGCUGCUGGUCCGCGGCGCCACGCUGCCCGGCGCCGCCCAGGGCAUCGUCUAUUACCUCAAGCCCAACCACACCCGGCUGGCGGACCCUCAGGUGUGGAUGGAUGCUGGCACCCAGAUCUUCUUCUCUUACGGGAUCUGCCUGGGAAGCCUCACAGCUCUGGGAAGUUACAACAAAUUCAACAACGACUGCUAUAAGGACUCCUUCAUGCUGUGCCUCCUGAACAGCAGCACCAGCUUCCUGGCCGGCUUCGCCAUCUUCUCCGUGCUGGGCUUCAUGGCGGAGGAGCAGGGCGUGGACAUCGCCUCCGUGGCCCAAUCAGGACCCGGCCUGGCGUUCAUCGCCUACCCCCGCGCCGUGUCCAUGAUGCCGCUGCCGCAGCUGUGGGCCGUCUGCUUCUUCCUCAUGAUCAUCAUGCUCGGCCUGGACACACAGUUCGUCAGCCUGGAGGCCCUCAUGACCUCGGUGACCGACCUCUACCCCCACCUGAUCCGCCGGGGCCACCGCCGCGAGCUGCUGCUGCUCUUCUUCUGCGUGGUCUGCUUCCUGGUGGGCCUGGUCAUGGUCACGCCGGGCGGGCUCUACGUGUUCCAGAUCUACGAUCACUUCUCCUGCAGCGGCGCCAGCCUGCUGCUGCUCUCCAUCUUCCAGUCGCUGGCCAUCGGCUGGGUGUACGGCGCCGACCGCUUCAGCGCCAACAUCAGGGACAUGACGGGCUACAGCCCGAUGGCCGCCUUCAAGGUCUGCUGGAAGUACCUGACGCCGGUGGUCUGCUCGGCGACCUUCAUCUUCUCGCUGGUGUGCUGGUCGCCGCUGCAGCUGGGCCGCGGCCUGGCGGCGCCGGGCUGGGCCACGGCGCUGGGCUGGCUGCUCACGCUGUCCUCCGUGUCGCUGCUGCCCGUCUGGGCCGUCUACGCCCUGCUCACCACGCCGGGGACCCUGGCGCAGCGGUUCCAGCAGCUGUGCAGCCCCGCCGCCUCCUCGCCGCUGACCUUCUACCACAUCUCCUCCAACGGCCUGGCGCCGCCCUUCAGCUCCUCGCUGCCGCUGGCCGAGAAGAGCAAGGAGCAGCUGCCCGCCAUCGUCCAGGAGCACAAGACCUAAGAGAGGUGGACCCACGCGCCACGGGGGGGCGCCGCCGCGCUGCUGUCGUCCCAGUCCCCGUGGCUGGAUCCGGACCGGACGUGCCUUCGUACGCGGCCUUGUCUCAAAACCACCAGGAACCGCUCUGGUUCCAGGUCUCUCUCCAGGGUCCAGCCACAGGUUGAGACGCAGUCAGCUGAACCCGCCUCACCGGCCCGGCUCGAAAAAAACAAAAACCAACGGCACACACUCCUGGAUCUUAUCGCUUAACUUCACAUCUUUGCCUUUCUUUUUUUAUUUUUAUGUUAUUUUAUUUCGUAAGUUUAGCAGCGUCACUCACGGCUCCUGUCCCGGCCGCCGCCGCCGCCGUCUGGCUAAACGGCUCCAUGAGUCGCCUUGUUCACGGCGAGCCGCUCUCGCUCCUCACUGCCAACGCAUCGCCUCGCCUCUCGCCGGGACGCGGCGCCGGGCGGCGGGUCGGGUUUGUACAAAGGCGUCAGAAACACAUCUUUUCACUGUAUCGACUGUAAAAACGGGCAAACAUGCAAUCACCCGGACCGGCGGUUUUCAGAGUGCGGCGGCGAGGCGAGGCGAGGAGCGCAGCUUUUCAGGCUGGGCUUAAAGACCCAGCUGAUGCUUCAAAUUAAAGAACUGUCUAUGCAGGGCGACAGCCACGAGCAAUAAUUACUGAAAAUGUGAGAAUUAUGAAGAAUUCCAACGUGAAAACCAGUCAUCUAGACCCCACACACACACACACACACACACACACAUACACACACACACACACACACACACACACUGACUGCGCUUCACUGAUGUCAUGUCAUAUCGCGUCGUUCAUGAUGACCAUUACUUGAAAUUUGCGUCACUGACUGGUUCACUGCCGCCUCAAAGAAAUGCUAGCUAGCUAAAGAGACUAGCGAGCUAAAGAGACUAGCUAGCUAAAGAGACUAGCUAGCUAAAGAGACUAGCGAGCUAAAGAGACUAGCGAGCUAAAGAGACUAGCUAGCUAAAGAGACUAGCGAGCGAACAAUCAUGCUGAAGCUGCGCCGAUCCCGGAGCGUUUCCUCGGUGAAACAACGGCACGAUACUGACUUGAUUCUGUUUUUAAUCAGUGGAAAUGGAAGUUUUGUGGCUCCGCGCACCACCUAGUGGACAAACUAGGAAAUGACAGUUUGCAAAGUCAGCCGGGCCGAAGCCGUUUUUAGGACGGUGUAAAGGAGGAAGGCGCUCGCCGUCCUGCACUCUGAAAACCCCCGAUCAAUCAUAUGCAAACGAGGAGCGUCCUCACAGCCUCGCCACGUCACUGCUGCUCGGUAGAACUUCCUUUAUGAAGUGCAGAAGCUCCGUCUCGCCGCCGACGGCGCGAUCAGCGGCGGAGAAUGUUCCUUCAGAGAAGCUGAAUGUAAAAGAAGAGAGAAAGGUUUGUCUCCCUGUUUACCACCGCACCAGACCGAACAGCUUUAAGCAUUUACUUUGUUUUGUUUUUUUGUUUUUUUAACAUUCGGGGCGCCUCCGGCGACCACGUGACCUGAACUCGCCGUACUGUAACAGAAUGUGCUCGCCCGCCGCCGCGCGGACCAGCCACACUUUGUGUUUUACAGAGAGUAGGAUGUUUGACGUGUUUGAAGACGUUUCUGUUCGGGGAGGAACUCGAAGGUCGAGUGACAGAAUCUCAUAUAUCGGGGGGGGAAGGAAGCGCUACGCCUGUUGGGUGUCUUUCGAGGGACUUUGGUUUGUUUGGAGUUGAUCCUCUGUUUACAGGUGUGAAUAUCCAUACAGUGUAUGUAUCUCUUUAUUUACCACCGGGUUCCUUGUAUCGUUAUUUACUUUUUUCUAAAUGAAGACAUUGU